AUGAACCACUUAGAGGAAUGUCUUGGGUGUUAUCGAAUUACCAAAACGAUUUCGAACGAUUCGAGAUACAAAAAAUAUCCUCCACUUACUCAGACCUACCCUUUCAUGAAUACCAAUAGUAGCAAACAAGUGGAUCCACUUGUAGAAUCAAUGAAUGGUUCUCAACAAGUGGCAACUAAUUCCAUAGAAGAAAUCAAUAAUAGCAACAGUACAACGAGCAGUAGUAGUAGUGGAAUUACGAAAAGGUACACUCCGAUGGCGUCAUUGUCGUCCUCGAAUACAAGAGGAUCUUCAUCACCCAUUGUAUCGGGACUUGAACCACAUGAAACGGAGGAUGAGACACUCGAGUCGGAUCAUGUUCCUAUCCUUCAUUCUACAACAAUAUCAUCAAGUGUUGCUUCUACAACAAUUGGCUCCUCACCACAUACGGAAACAAGACGCAUUCUAUUGUUUCAAUUGAGCUCUCUGAUAGGAACUCUUAUUUUCUUUGUAAUUUAUGAAAUUUUGUUUUUGACGAUUUUUGAAAAAUCAACAUUUGAUGACUCGGUCAAAUCGAGUCUAUGUUGGUUACUGUCCUAUGCUCUUUCAAUUUGGAGUCAAUAUGAAUUGCAUUGUAGAAUUGUUUUUGGGAAACGAACAAAUAGCUCAGAAUAUUGGCAAACUCUAUCACGGACGUACAUCAUUUAUGGAAUUUCAAUGUUUGCUUCUACAGUGCUGAAUUAUCUUUUGGUGGCACAAUUAGCACUCGAUCAUAAUUUGGUAUGGUUUGUGACAUUGAUUGCAGUGGGUGUGCUCAAUUAUUUCUCAGUCUCUAGGUUUGCCUUUGGAAAUGAAUUGAAUUUGAAUGGUUUGGGAGCAGCUAGUGCUGGCACAACAUCCUCUAAUAACGUCUAG